UAUAUAUAUAUAUACACAUAUUACCCUAUCACUUAUCUAAACCAUACCCAUAAUUAUAACCUUUUAUUGAUCUCCCAUUCGCUUAAUUACUACAUCUAGUAACAACAUUAAAGCUUGACUAGCUGCUAUCUAGCCAUGUCUCCUUCUCAUAAUCAUCUCUUCUUUAUUUUCCUAUGCGUUCUUGCGUCUUCUCUCUCAGUCUCUGCUAGACCAGCAACUUUUCUUCAGGAUUUUAAAGUCACAUGGUCUGAAUCCCAUAUCAGGCAACUCGAUGCUGGAAAGGCUAUCCAACUCAUUCUAGACCAAAAUUCAGGAUGUGGGUUUGCCUCAAAGAUGCAGUACUUGUUUGGUCGUGUUAGCAUGAGGAUCAAGCUUGUCCCCGGAGAUUCCGCUGGAACUGUCACUGCCUUUUAUAUGAAUUCGAACACCGACAAUGUACGAGAUGAACUAGACUUUGAAUUCUUGGGGAAUAGGACAGGGCAGCCAUACACGGUUCAAACAAAUAUCUAUGCUCAUGGAAAGGGUGAUAGAGAGCAAAGAAUUAACUUAUGGUUUGAUCCUUCUGCAGAUUUCCACCUCUACACUAUUCUAUGGAACCAUCACCAUAUUGUGUUUUAUGUAGAUGAUGUGCCUAUUAGAGUAUACAAGAACAAUGAAGCAAGAGGAAUCCCAUUUCCAAAAUUCCAGCCCAUGGGUGUGUACUCAACAUUAUGGGAAGCUGAUGAUUGGGCAACAAGAGGUGGACUUGAAAAAAUUGAUUGGAGCAGAGCACCUUUCUAUGCGUACUACAAGGACUUUGACAUUGAAGGAUGCCCAGUACCGGGACCAGCAAAUUGUGCCUCAAACCCAAGGAAUUGGUGGGAGGGUGCUAAUUAUCAAGCUCUCAAUGCCAUGGAAGCUAGAAAAUACAGAUGGGUUCGUAUGAACCACAUGAUCUACGAUUACUGCACCGACAAGUCUCGGUACCCGGUUACUCCACUAGAGUGCAUGGCAGGAAUAUAAAUAUCAGGAAAAAAACAAGAACAAUCAAUCCAUGAAGCAACUUGGUACAUAGACAUUGAUAAGAUCAUCAUACUUUAAAUGUCUCUUUAAGUGUAUCUUACGUGCGUGUCCUAGUACAUUACUAGUGUCACAAGAGCCAUGCAAAGAUAUAUAGAAUGGGGGUAAUGUGGAGGUGAAAUAAAUUUCUAUUGUGUGGGGUGGGAUAAAAAUCAAUAUAUUUUACUUGUAAGGUGCAAUACGUGUUUGUAUAUGGAUGCACAGCAUUCUGUACUAAAAUGAAUAAAAAGCUUGUGCAUUAUUGAUGAUGUUACUUGAUUA